AUGAUGUGGUAAUUAAUGCGGUUGCUCUAAACGUGGAUAAACAAAGUCUUUGGACCAGUAGCUUCCUUGUUCCUAGUCCUAUAGCUAGCUGUACUGUACAUUUAUCAUGUCAGAAGAAAGCAGUCUUGUGGAACUAGAGUCUUCUCUGGAAUCUGACACAGAACUAACAGAUACAGAAGAUGAAACGAGUGAAGCUUUUCAGAAACUCCGUUUCCAUGGCCUACAGUCUGAUUCAGAAGAUACUGACAAACCAGCUCCUAAGUGGAAGUUUUGGAGAAAUCGAAAUGGCCAACAACAAGUUUUAUCUGUGCAAUCUGGAGAUAUAACGGUCCCUAGCCAAACUACAGAGUUGAAAAAAGGCGCAUUUGGUCCAGCAAGCAUGGUCUUCAACUGGAUUCUGAAGUUCGUAUUUUUCCACGAGAAAGCACCUCUUGUGUCUGUUAUUCUUCUCACUCUGAACGUGGGUAUUUUUGCUACCUUGCUGGGGACUGCUAUCAGUCUCUACCCCCCUGACAUAAAUGUCUCUCUAACCUCUUUCACGAUCCCAAACCACCCUUCACAAAAACACUGGGACUCUUUCUCGGCUGCCAAAGCUGGGAGAUAUCUAAAUGCUUCAUCGCAGAAUAAUGUAACCCAAACAAGCAAUAUUGUCAAGCGAGAUGCAGAAAGUGUUAUGAAGAGAUCUGUGGAUGGUGGAGAUUGUACACCUCAACCGGGCCACCGUUACCAGAACAUUGAUAUGAGUAGGUACGGCACUUGGAAUUUAGAGCUAAUCUACAAAGUACGUGAUGGUGUUGAAGACAACAAUCUUCUCACUAAAGAACGUCUGAGUCUGAUACACAGCAUGGAAAACGAAAUAUACAACUCCGAUGGAUAUGCUAAUGUUUGUCACAAGAAGAGUGGCAGCGCACUUUGUGAUCGUCUGAACUCUGUGAUGUCUAGUCUGUAUCCUAGGAACUCUGACGGCAGUUAUGUAUACAAUACUCUAGAUGGAUUCACUCCUAAUCUCACUAAGUCUCUGCUACAGUUUAAGGAUCAUCUCGACCAGGCACUUUGGUACACUGGGGGGCAAAUCACCGUCGUCAAAUCUACAAAUCAGAUCAAAGCAAAGCUACUAAGGUCACAGCUGAGUGUUGGAUUACCCCUGCCUUGUUACAAUGGUGCUACACGUGAUAAUAUUGGAGAGCAGCAACGUGCCGUGUUUGAUUACUACAUUUCUCUUGUUCCUCUCUUUGAAAAAGCUAGUGGAGGUGAACUAGAGGUAAUCUAUGGUGGCACAGGACUAUAUGACUACCAAGUGGACAGUGCCAUAAUUCACGAUUAUCUACUUGCCAUCGCCUCUUUUGUCUUGAUAGUGAUAGUGGUGUUUGUGCUGAGUGGGUUCUCUGUGUGGCUGACUGUGCUGGGGAUCUACAGUGUGUUCAGCUGCUUCCCAUGGGCUUACUUUGUUUACAGAAUAAUCCUUGGUAUCAAGACUCUGAAUGUGCUGAACGUUGUCUCCGUGUUUGUGGUGAUUGGUAUAGGAGUGGACGAUGUCUUUGUCUUCAUCAACACCUUCAAACAAUCUGGCAAACUGAAAUCUCUUCCUCUCCUCCAUCAGCGCCUGGGCUACACUAUACUUACUGCUGGCAAGGCCACCUUUGUCACAUCACUAACAACCUCAGUGGCUUUCUUUGCCAACGCAAUAUCAGCGAUCCCUGCCGUGAAGCAGUUCGGCAUCUUCAUGGGUCUAGUGGUGAUAUUUUGCUAUAUUCAAGUGCUCAUUGUUCUCCCUCUUGCCUUACAUAUAUGGCAUGCUGUGUUCAGAUAUUGUGAGAACUGUUGCUACUACCCUUGUUCGCUGCCCUGUGCUCAUAAGCAAAUUACAGUGACUAUACCUCAUGUCAGAUUGUCUGAAUUGGAUGAGGAAGAAAUUGGAACAGAGAAUGAUAAUCAGGCUGAUUUAACAUAUUAUAAGGAAAGCGAGUCGACAGACCUCCUUUCAGAAAGAGACAAUAAUGAUGUAACCCUGGAAUCAAAUGUUACAGUAGCAGAAACACAGGGUAUGGCGCAUAUUGUGCAAACUGAAAUGAUCCAGAAAACUUUGCCUGUGGAGAAAGUGUCAACAUUCCUCCAGCUCACGAUGCUACACUGUAUUGCGAGGCCUGUUCUUUUCUUUCAGUUAGUGAAGACCAAAUUUGGAAAGCUCAGAUUUCUGCUACUGAAGAUGUUCUGCAUUUGGGUGUACCUACUUAGUUUGAUUCUUUCAAUAGGACUUGUGGUCGGCCUACUUCGAUUCUCAGACCGUCCUCCCCAGCUGUUUAACUCAAACUCCAACAUCCAGAAGUUGCUUGAUCUAACAGGGAAUCUAACAGAGGGUGGGAUUUUGGACUGCAUUAAUGGCUGUGGAGGAUCAUUACCUUACAUCCCUCCCCCCUCUACUGGUGGUGGGGGAACCUCCAGCUCGUCAACCAAGCCUCCCACGUCCUCACCACCCACAUCCAAACCCUCCCACUUCACUCCCUCCCACUCCACUCCUGCCCAUACCCAAGCACCUCUUGUAACCACCCCUCCACAUACCCAAGCACCCCCUGUAACCACCCCUCCACAUACUGACCCUCCACAAACCCCACGUCCCCCAUCCACUACACAAGCACCACCGCCCGUCACACACCCACCAGUCACCCAUACCACUAACAAUGGGGACCAUACACCAUCUGCCCCUGUAACGAAUCCCCCCACUCAUACUCCCAAUAGUGGUGGGGAGGAAGUGGAUAUUCUCUCCAACCUUUAUUCUAAUAACGUCGUUGUCAACGUCGUGUUUGGAAUCAAAGAUAUUAAGAGAGUUGAAUCAUCUGAAUUCCUAUCUAAUGGGAACUAUGCUGUGCAAGACGACUCGUUUGUAGGUAAUUUUACCUGCAGUUCCAGACCCGGCAUAAUCAAUCCCAAGGGAGCUGUUCGAGCUUUCUGCCGAAUCUGUACCAACAUUUCUAGCCCAGACAAUGGUCUCAUCAUGGAGGGAAACUAUAACUGUUUCCCCCGUACUUUACUCUCCUCUUCCUUUCGUUGCCUCUACUACUCUGCUCAGAGCCUACCCGAGUGUCAGCCUUUGUUAAGACAAGAUACCAGGAAUGUCUCUGUGACUGCUGCCGCAGAUUCUUAUUAUAACAGUACUGAUGGUGGAACAAAGAACUUGCGCUACUUGUCCAUGGCCUUCAAAUCUACCACUAGUCCAAAUGACUCCCCGUCUGACAGUGUGAAAGACUACCAACAAUGGGAAGACUUUCUCUCAGGGGAACUGUCCGCUAUCAGUGAGCAGUCGGGACCUGGAGAACUCUAUGAGGGAGCAGAUAAACUCCUUUCCUCCGGGUUUCAGGCGUCUGAGAAGUGGGUGGAAGUCAACAUCGAAGUAUUGGCUGUGGAUGGCUCUUUGUAUGGAAUUUGUGUGUCUAUACUACUGUGUAUGGUGAUCAUAGUGUUCCUCACGUACAAUUGGAGGGUGUUCGUUGCAAUCAAGUUGACUGUUCUAAGCAUUGUUUUCUCACUGCUUGCAAUGUUUGUGGUGUUUGGUUGGAAGCUUGGCAUUGUGGAGGCCAUAACUCUGACUAUUGUGGUCGGUAACUCCUUGGAUUACUGUAUUCACUUGUGUGAGGGUUAUAUGUCUGCCACUCCCGAACACAUUGCCUAUGUGGAACAGUUCAAGUUUAUGUCUGGAGCCUCUAUACGAGUUAAGCGUGUUGCAGCAUCUAUUUCGUUUGUGGGUGUCUCAAUAGUCAGCUCUGCCAUGACAACCAUCUUAGCAAUCAUUCCAUUGCUCUUCACAACAAUUGAACUCUUCACACGUUUUGGACAAAUUCUACUCCUCAAUACUGUACUUGCCAUUACUUAUACGCUCGUCUUCUGUAGCACUUUCCUCGCUCUCUUUGGACCCUCGGACUCGAAGUUUACCAAGGCUCGAGCUGUGAAUGCUUUGGUAACCAUAGGGACCACUGUGGUUGUGUAUCCUAUGUUGCUGAUUCUGGUGUUGUUCAUUCUGUCCUCUGUGGGAGUUCCGAUACUCACAGCAGACGGAUAUCCACUCUUCCCCUGAAAUGACUGAUUCAUGCUACCUAAUCAAUUAUUUUUAUUUAACCACUGUGCAUAAUUAAUUAUUUAUAGAAACAGUCAUGUUUGUUUAUUAUAUGCUGCAAUUUGCUGCAACAUUUGCUGAAUGUCA